GGAGGAAAGCGAGACACCUGCAGAGGCACUGAGACACGGGACAGGUUUUGAUCUCAGCACAAACACACACACAGCUGUUCACAGCAGGAAUAAAGCAGUGGGAGCCUUUUCAAACCUCGCCAUCGACUCACUGAAAGCUGACACAGUGGACGAAGGAUGACAAACAUCUCCCGGUAUCUUGUAAACCACCUGCUGACGUUCUCACUCCAGGACGGGGAUGUGCAGGGCGUGGAGGAGGCCCGCUCGCGCCUCUCCUUCCUGGCUCAGAACAAAAAGCUGUGGAGUCAACAGAUGUUGCUGGACAUCGGCGAGCAGGCCGUUCAGCUCCGAGACAUACAGAGCAGGGAUGAGCUGGAGAACUACCCCUUCAAAUCCAUCUUCAGAUGCGAUGCCAUCAACACCAUGAAAGCCUUCCCCUCCCUCCUCAUGCUCAUCUGCCAGAGUGAGGAUCAGAAGAAGCCGGACAUUCUCUUCUUCAACUGUGAGACUGUGCCGGCAGAAGAAAUCUGUGACAAUAUCACACAGACAGUUUCGGGUUCCUCCAGCAGAAGGAGCAAGAAGCCCGCUGCUGAAACCUCCAGGGCUCCUCAGAGCGGAGGAGAGGUGAUCGACCCCUAUGGAAUCCCACAUCCCCCCGUCGCACAGGCUCCAAAUGCCCCACCGGCAAACCCUCCGCCUUACCCUGGACCCAGAGCAAACGCUGUGAACGGCGGGCCUGAUGUCUCUUUCCUGCGAGCCGUGCGAGAAGUGGGGAUCCUCAAUCACUGCUUCGACGACAUUGAGAACUUCAUGGCUAAGCUGCAGCAGACGGCCGAGGCCGCCACGGUGCUGAGCCAGAAGAAGAAGAAAAAGAAGAAGAGCAAAAAGCAAACUGCUGAAGAUGAUCAACUCUCUCUAAAGGCACGCCCCCCACCAGAGGAGGAAUUCAUCGACGUAUUCCAGAAAUUCAAAUAUUGCUUCAGCCUCCUGGCCCGUCUGAAAUCAACCAUCUCCAACCCUUCAUCAGAGGAGCUCGUUCACCAUGUAUUCAAACCUCUGGACAUGAUGGUGAAAACGACAGGAGGACCAGCUCUGGGAGCCUCAGUGUCCAGCCCCUCCAUGACCAACUCUGCUGUGUCGCUGCUGGACGACACCCUGAGCCAGGAGGAGAGGCAGCUGUGGACGUCGCUUGGUCCCAACUGGACACAUUCUCGCUCUCAGCUCAGAGGACCUGUCGCUCCGUACACGCCUGUUUUCUUGGACGGCUGGAAACCAGAAGCCUUGAGGGCAGACGGGCAGGUUUGGGAAGAUCCGGUCGAGUCACAGCACAAACAUGAAGCCCUCCCAGUAAAACAAGAGCAGCAUCAGCCGGUCCCUCCUCCUGGUACCCGUGUCAUUGACGAGACAGACUCCAGCCCAUUCACACCGGAUCCUGAUAGACUCUACAGCUGCAGUUACGACUUCAUAGCCAGGAACAGCAGCGAGCUGUCGGUGCAGCAGGGGGAGAAGCUGGAGGUGGUUGAAUCCUCAAAGCGCUGGUGGAAGUGUCGUAACAGCUACAACCAGAUCGGAUUUGUCCCCUUCAACAUCCUGGAGCCCAUGGCCCACAUAAACAGCCCCAUCACCAACCAGCCCCCCAGUGCUCCUGCUCCACCUCCCCUCACCAACAUUUUCUCUGCGGUCCCACCCAGCCCUCCUGCCCAGCCCCAGGCCCCGACCCACUCCCCACAGCGCCCCCGCAGCAUACCAGGAUACAACCAACACAUGCAGACUGCAGAGGACUCAGAUAAAGCCAUGCUGGUGAAUGACGAGCUGCUCCACAGGCUGACCAACGGAAAGACCCACCUGCACAAACCUCUGGUCAUCCCUCGCUCCUCAGAGACCGCCGUCCCUCUGGACUACCACUCCCCCUCAGAGGAAGUGGCCGAGUGGCUCCGGGGGAAAGGCUUCAGUGAACCGACGGUGUCGUGUCUGGGAGUGCUGACAGGGGCCCAGCUCUUCUCCCUCAACAAGGAGGAGCUACGAGCUGUGAUUCCAGAAGAGGGCGCAAGGGUCUACAGUCAGCUCACUGUGCAGAAAGCACUGCUGGAGGACGCCAGAAGGGCCACAGAGCUGGAGACGGUCAUGGAGAAACAGAAGAUGAAGGUGGAUCUGAAGCAGGAGAGCAGCACACUGUGAGCAGCAGGCGUCUCCCACCAUGAAGAGAUUCACACGAAGGAUUGUUCGCCUGGUGCUGCAGCUGUCACUCAAUUUUUAAAUUAUAUUCACCAGAGAGCAAACGUGUCACAGCCAAUCUAUAAUCAAAGAUUGUCUGGAGAUCGUCAUGCUCACUCAUAUGCAACUACAUCAUCAAGUGUUUUUAAUCCAAGCAGGCGCUGUGCAAACUACAGAUUCUAACAUUAAAAUACACCAUUUUUAAAUUAU